GGAACUUCCCCGCUUGCUCCAGGGUUGAAUGACACCAGACACUACUUAUCUCUGAAAUCAACUGUAGACCAAGUCCCUCCAUCGACGAGAUAAAUACCAGUCCAGCCUCCAUGAUCUAGCCAUACUCACUCACAGCCAACCCCACAACCAUACCAUCAACUCACAACCACCCAAGUCACCACCAUGUCCGCCGACAUCCCAGCUGCCAUGCGCACCUCGCUCGAAAACUCCAAAUGCGAGUACCGCCGUCUUGGAAACAGCGGCCUGACCGUCUCUGUUCCCAUCCUCGGAUGCAUGAGCUUGGGAGAUAAAAAGUCCCAGCCAUGGACGAUUAGUGAAGACGAGGCCCUCCCCCUCCUCAAAGCCGCCUACGACUCCGGCCUCAACACCUGGGACACAGCCAACGCAUACUCCAACGGUGUCUCAGAGACCAUCGUCGGCAAAGCCCUCAAAACCUACAACAUCCCGCGCGAAAAAGUAGUCAUCUUGACAAAAUGUUUCUGGGGCGUUUCCGAACAACCUGAAAUCCUACACUGGUCUAAUCGCCCCCCCAUCGAACUCUCCAAAGACUACCAAAACCAAUACGGCCUAUCACGAACCGCCAUCUUCAACCAAGUCAACGCGUCCCUUCGCCGCCUAGACACCCCCUACAUCGACCUGCUCCAAAUCCACCGCUUCGACACCACCACCCCCAUCGAAGAAACCAUGAAAGCACUGCACGAUCUCAUCACAUCCGGAAAAGUGCGCUACAUCGGAGCGAGUACCAUGUACGCGACGCAGUUCGCGCGGAUGCAAUUCUGCGCGGAACGCAACGGAUGGACCAAGUUCAUCAGUAUGCAGAAUCAGUAUAGUUUGUUGUAUCGGGAGGAGGAGCGGGAGAUGAUUCGUUUUUGUAAUGAUACGGGCGUGGGGUUGAUUCCGUGGGCGCCGUUGAAUCGGGGGCAUUUGGCGAGGAGGCCGGAGGGGUUUGGGGGGACGGUGAGGAGUGGCGAGGAGAAGGAUUGGGGUAUAGGGCUGGGGGAGCAGGAUGUCAGGAUUAUUCAGAGGGUCGCGGAGGUCGCGGACAAGAAGGGGUGGACUAUGGCGCAGGUGGCGUUGGCGUGGAUUAAUCGGCGGGUGGUGAGUCCGAUUAUUGGGUUUAGUAGUGUCGAGAGGAUGGAGGAGGCGAUUGCGGUGAGGGGGAAAGUGUUGACCGAGGAGGAGGAGAGGUUUUUGGAGGAGUUGUAUAGGGCCAAGGAGGCUUUGGUGCCUGAGUUUCUUUAG